GGGCGCACCCGCGGGGUGACCCUGCGGAGAUCCGGGAGCUCCCUGGAUCCUUUCCGCCGGCACAGCUGGGAGCCGGGCAAGGAGCCGCGGGGCAUCCCGGGCUACGGGCACCUCAGCGGGAGCCCCGAGCUCGGCUGCAGCGCGGAGCAGCUGGGGGGGCUCUGCCGGCCCCGCCGGGACCCCCGGAGAGCCCCCCUGGUGCACAGCAGCGACGAGCUGGACUCGCUGCUCUCGCAGGACGACGAGGAUGAGGAGGACGAGGCCGAUGUCAGGCGGGCACAGGAGGACGCGCGGAGGCUCCCGGCGCCCCGGGCCGGGCCCCGCUCCCGGGGCUGGUCCCGCUUCAAAUCCGCGUCCCUCGGUGUCAUCGCCAGCGUCCCCGGUGAGGACGCGGCCGAAAUUCCCCCGUUCGCCUCCCAGCAGAGCCUGCUCGGCGGCGCCGGGAGCCGCGAGCGGCUGGCGGGGGAGGCGGGGACCCCCCCGGGCCGGGAAGGGACCCCCCUGGACAGGACCCUCAGCUUCAUCCGCAGGAUGACCGGCAAGACAAAGGGCAAGGACAAGGAGAGGAUGAAGGAGGCCAAGGAGAAGGACGCGCGGUACACCAACGGGCACCUCUUCACCACCAUCUCCGUGUCGGGCAUGACCAUGUGCUUCGCCUGCAACAAGAGCAUCACGGCCAAGGAAGCGCUGGUGUGCCCCACCUGCAACGUCACCAUCCACAACCGCUGCAAGGACACGCUGCCCAACUGCACCAAGGUGAAGCAGAAGCAGCAGAAGGCGGCGCUGCUGAAGAACAGCUCAGCCCUGCAGUCGGUGUCCCUGCGCAACAAGAAUGCCAUCCGGGAGCGCCCCAAUUCCGCCAUCUACCCCUCGGAGAGCUUCCGGCAGACGCUGCUGGGGCCCCGCCGCGGCCGCCCCUCCUUGUCCCUCUCCAAGAGCGUCUCCACCACCAACAUCUCGGGGACGUUCAACGACGACUCUCCCCUGGGAAUCCGGCGGAUCCUGUCCCAGUCCACGGAUUCCCUCAACAUGCGCAACCGCACGCUCUCGGUGGAGUCGCUGAUCGACGAAGGCCCCGACGUCAUCCUGAGCCAGCUGCUGAGCGAUCUGGAGGCGGAUGGGAAGGAGUUCGAGGCGGAUUCCUGGAGCCUGGCGGUGGAUAACAGCUUCCUGCAGCAGCACCGCAUGGACGUCAUGAAACGGCAGGACGUCAUCUACGAGCUGAUGCAGACGGAGCUGCACCACGUGCGGACGCUGAAGAUCAUGGGCGCCCUGUUCCGCAGGGCGAUGCUGGAGGAGCUGCAGCUGGACCCCGGCACCGUGCAGCGCAUCUUCCCCUGCCUCGACGAGCUCAGCCACAUCCACGAGCGCUUCCUGGCCCAGCUCCUGGAGCGGCGCCGCGAGUCGCUGGCCCAGGACAGCAACAAGAACUUCGUCAUCGACCGCCUCGGGGACAUCCUCGUCACACAGGUGGGCAGCGCGGAAUCGGGGGGUGGGCGUGUUCGUGAGGGUCCCGGGUGUUCGUUUGUGAGGGUCCCGGCUACAUACACCUUCCCCGUGCUGGACAAGCCGGCUGUCAUCUCCCUGCAAAACCUGAUCGUGAGGGACAUCGCCAACCAGGAGAAGGGGAUGUUCCUGAUCAGCGCCGCGCCGCCCGAGAUGUACGAGGUGCACGCGGCCUCCCGGGACGACCGCAACCACUGGAUGAAGGUCAUCCAGCAGGCUGUCAGCCUCUGUCCAAGCCGCCAGGAUUUCCCCCUGAUUGAGACGGAGACUGAAGCGUCCUUGAGGAAGCUGAAAGGUGGGGGCUCGUCCCUGUGCAUCCCCUCCUGUGCAUCCCAUCCUCUGAGCCACGCCAGCGCCCCCGCCGUCCUCCCGUUCCACCCCCCCGCCUUCCCCGGCGCCCGGGACGAGCUGGAAUUCCGGGCAACCGACCCCGAACGGCUGCGGGAGGGCGAGGACACCCUGGAUGUGCUCCUGGAGGAUGAGGGGGGCUUGGGGGGUCGCCACUCCCCCCCCGCCAGCCCCCGAGAUUUCCUGAGGAUGCAGGAUAUUCCCGAGGAGGUGGAGAACAGCCAGGAGCUGAAGGAGGGCGAUGGGGACAGUUAG